UCACUCACUAGUGAUCCCCAAUUUAAUUUUGAAGGUUCAUCACUAUAAAUACAUGCUCUUGCUAAUACCAUAGCAAGCCUCUUGAGACACACCUACUACAGUUGCUAAAGUCCUUGCUUGCAACAAUGAAGCUUGUCUUUGGCACCCUAAUAUUAUGUUCUCUUCUUCUAAGCUUCUCUUUCUUGGAGCCAGUCAUAGCCUAUGAAGACUCAUCUUAUUGCAGCAACAAGUGUGCGGACAGAUGCUCAUCGGCAGGGGUUAAGGAUAGGUGUGUGAAGUACUGUGGAAUAUGCUGUGCUGAGUGCAAAUGUGUUCCUUCUGGGACCUAUGGGAACAAGCACGAGUGUCCUUGCUACAGGGACAAGCUCAACAAGAAGGGCAAGCCCAAAUGCCCUUGAACUUCAACUCAAAGACCAAGUCGAAUAGAGACUUAAGAGUAGUAGUUUUUGCAUGUGGUUGUAUUCUUGUUUUCAAUGUCUGUUGGGUAUGUUAGAUCUGAACAGGAAUAAAUUACACAUCCUCUCUGUCUCAGUUUCGACUUUUUGACCUGUUCAUCAACCUAUAAACAUUUUUUUUUA